AGAUUUACCAGAGCAUCCUUGAUCUCAGAAAUCAUUCAGCUAAAAGUAAUCAUUCUUCCAGGCUCCUGGUCUGCAGCACCAUGCUGGAUCCUAAGCCUCACUCUGCAAGCCCGAGGUGAAUCCAGGUGAAAGCCACCUAUCACAGUAGGUAUCAGGAUGACCAAAGCACGGCUCCUCCGUCUUUCUGUGGUGCUGGUCUCCGUCUUCAUGAUCCUCCUGAUCAUUGUGUACUGGGACAACGUGGGAACAGCUCACUUCUAUCUGCAUACGUCCUUCUCCAGGCCUCAUUCCUCAGGAGCCAUCCCUGGUAUCACAGCAGGUGAAGACUGGGAAGCCUUGCCAGAUGUGGAUGAAUUUUUGGAAAAGCUGCUUAGUUCAAGCCUGAAACAGAACAGCUCUAUCUCCCGAAAGACAGAGCAGCUACUUGUCCAGGGCUCAGGCAAGCCUGUGGUUAGCAAUUUGGAGGAGAAUGUGCGGGGCUAUGACUGGUCCACGCACAAUGCCAGAAACAGUUUGGACCAAGAGAAACUGCAGAUAGAGAGACAGAGAACGUUGCAGGAGUUUUGUGCCAAUUCCAGCUUCACCUUCCCUACCAAGGAGCGUUCCUUUGAUGACAUCCCCAACUACGAGCUCAACCACCUGAUCGUGGAUGACCGCCACGGCAUCAUCUACUGUUACGUCCCCAAGGUGGCCUGCACCAACUGGAAACGGGUGAUGAUUGUUCUAAGUGAAAGCCUGCUGGACCAGGGAGUCCCAUACCGGAACCCUCUGGAUAUCCCCCGGGAACACGUCCACAACACCAGUACCCAUUUGACCUUCAACAAAUUCUGGCGCCGCUAUGGGAAGUUCUCCCGGCACCUCAUGAAGAUCAAGCUGAAGAAGUACACUAAGUUCCUCUUUGUACGAGACCCUUUUGUCCGCCUCAUCUCUGCCUUCCGCAGCAAAUUUGAGCUGGAGAACGAGGAGUUCUACCGGCGUUUUGCCAUCCCCAUGCUAAAGCUGUACUCCAACCAUACCAACCUUCCCACUUCCGUUAGCGAGGCCUUUGGGGCAGGCUUCAAAGUCUCCUUUUCUGACUUCAUCCAGUACUUACUGGAUCCCAGGACAGAGAAGAUAGCCCCCUUCAAUGAGCACUGGAGGCAGGUUUACCGUCUGUGCCAUCCGUGCCAGAUAAACUACGAUUUCAUUGGGAAGCUGGAGACGCUGGACGAGGAUGCUGCUUAUCUGUUGCAGCUCCUCAAAGUGGACAGGCUGCUUCGCUUCCCCCCCAGCUACCGGAACAGGACUGCCAGCAGCUGGGAAGAUGACUGGUUUGCCAAAAUCCCACUGGCUUGGAGGCAGCAGCUCUACAAGCUUUAUGAAGCAGAUUUUGUACUCUUUGGCUACCCCAAGCCGGAAAACUUGCUCAAAGACUAAAAGUGACUGGGCAGUGGGUGUGGGAGGGAAUAUCUGAAAUACCAAAAAUGUUUAAAGCCUCUUCAUUUUUGCUCUUAAUUCCCUUCCCCAUACAGGUUGGUACAACGGAAUAUAUUUUUUCUACCGCCUCCCCUUCCAUUUUUGCAAUAAUGCCAGAGUCCAGGGUAUUCCAGCCAGCUGUGCAUAUGCAAAAAAUGCUAGUUUUUUUGGUUACUGUUUUUUUUUCUGGGUUUUCUUUUUUUUUUAAAAUGUCCACAUGUUUUGCAAUGGGUUGCUGCCCUUGGUGACUCUGCCAGCUGUGUCCUUCAGUAGCUUUUUAUUAAUACUUUUUUAAAAUUAAUAUAUUUAAGAUAUUUAAUACAAAGUGUGUGUUGUGGCAAAGGAAGGAAUUAAAAAAAAAAAAAGUAAAAGAAAAACCC